AUCUUGGGCAAUUACUCGUGUCAGGGGGUUCCAUUCUUCUGUCCUCCUCGACAUUGCAAUUCCCAUCGUGGGGCUCAAGAUCUCGGAAAUUUCCUGUUUUGUCGAGUUUCCAACCCCAGUCCCUCCCACUGAGACCCUGCAUAAACAAAAAUCCACCGGACCCCGCCAAACAACCCCUCGACUUUCCUCCAUAACACAAAGAACAUAACGACGACAAUGUCAGAUAUCCACCGCGCCAGCACGACCGCCCCGGUCAACAUCGCCGUCAUCAAGUACUGGGGCAAGCGCGACCCCAAGCUCAACCUCCCCACCAACUCGUCCCUCUCCGUCACCCUCUCGCAGUCCGACCUCCGCACCCACACCACCGCCUCGUGCUCCGCGUCCUACUCCAAGGAAGACUCCCUCCUCCUCAAUGGCGCCCCGCAAGAUGUCUCUGGCGCCCGCACCCAAGCCUGCUUCCGCGAGUUGCGCGCCCUCCGCUCCCAGCUCGAGGACUCCGACGCCUCGCUCCCCAAGCUCGCUGCCCUCCCCCUCAAGAUCGUCUCCGAGAACAACUUCCCCACUGCCGCUGGGCUCGCUAGUUCGGCGGCUGGCUUCGCAGCCCUGGUUCGCGCCAUCGCGAAUCUCUACAAGCUGCCGUCCUCGCCCACGGAUCUCUCCCGCAUUGCGCGCCAGGGCUCUGGGUCUGCCUGCCGCAGCCUCUUCGGCGGGUACGUCGGGUGGGAGCAGGGCUCGGCCUCUGACGGCUCUGACAGCGUAGCCUUCCAAGUCGCGCCCGCAUCGCACUGGCCGUCCAUGCGUGCCGUCAUCCUCGUUGUCUCGGCCGCGAAGAAGGGCGUGAGCAGCACGACGGGCAUGCAGACCACAGUCGCCACAUCCACCCUGUUCGCCUCUCGUGCUAGCGAGACUGUGCCCAGGAGGAUGCAGGAGAUGCAGAACGCCAUCCAGAACAAGGACUUCGAAACCUUCGGCAAGGUCACCAUGAUGGACAGCAAUAGCUUCCACGCCACGUGUCUCGAUACGUACCCCCCUAUUUUCUAUCUCAACGAUGUAUCGCGCGCGGCGAUCAAGGUGGUAGAGAGCAUCAACGCGGCAGCAGGCCGCAUCAUCGCAGCAUACACAUUUGAUGCUGGGCCAAACGCCGUUGUUUACUACCUUGAGGAGAACGAGAAGGAGGUAGCAGGGCUGUUCAAGACUCUUCUUGGAGAAAAGGAUGGGUGGAAGGGCGAGCGGGGGGAGAAGAUUGAGGGAAACUUUGCCGCGGCGGAGAAGGUCAAGGAGGAGGCGGGUGUCGCAGUUGACCUGCUGAAGGACGGUGUUAGCAGGAUAAUCCUGACUGGUGUUGGAGAGGGGCCUGUGGAGACGGAGGAGAGUCUUAUUGAUGAGAAGGGCGAGGCUGUCUCGUCGUCGUAGGGAAGUGUGGGAUGGGGGAGGGGUUGUCUGCACGCCCCGUGUCGUAGAUACCCGGUGCAGAAGAGGGCAAAUAAUGCUUUUGAUUGAGUGAGGAGAUUUUCAUUGUUGUAUGUUUAGUUCGACGUGAUGUUUGCUGU